AUGCGUUCCGUCGAGCUCCUCACCCUCGCAGCCCUGCUCCCAGCCGCCCUCGCCUCCUGGAACGGAAAGAUCUGUAGCGGCGCAGGCGGCUGUGUCGGAACCUCAUGGGCGGUCCCAGACCCCUUCCGAUGCCCCGACGCGACGCUGCUGAACACGCAGCAAACGGCCUCCAACUCGAUUGACGCCAGCAACGGCGCCUAUAGUGUCAUCACCGCGGCCGAGUUCCCCACCACAUGUCUGGAGGGCCGCAAGCCGUCGGACAAGGACGUACUGAUUAAACGCACCACCGAGUUCGGACAAACCAUGUUCCUCUGGCUCACGGAGACGUGCACUGAUCCCAGCCCCGCGCACCCGGGCGAUUGCUACACGUACAACCCUAACCCUUCUUCGACUACUAUCUGCCAGGUCGUUGAUACCAAGGGCCAGAACUGCGUUAUGAAUCCCCUCGCUGGCGAGUGCGAGAGGUGGGGGACUGCUGCUGGGCGCACGCAGUGCGAGGGCUGGACGCCGGAUCAGGUCGAGGAGCCGACGUCGAUGUAA